AUGGACGCAACUUGGCAGGAACUCAUGGCCAUAACAGAGCUACAGGGCUUCGAGCCUCCUUGUGAAGCUUCUUAUGGAGCAACACAUUACCAAAGCAUCGAGCCAAUUGCUUCUUUGGGCACAUAUGGAGCCACCCAUUGCCACUCCGAGCCGGCUACCUUUGAAGUGGCCACGACAGACGCAUAUGAUGGUGGUUACUCCGAGGAAGCUGCAGUCCAUCCCAACCCGGGCAGCGAUAUAGAUGCCCUCAAUAAGCAACCUGGACCACAACUGACCCAGAGAAUGCUAGCCACUUCCUCUCAGCCCCACCAAUCAAUUCUGGCUCUUACAGAACAGAGGACCUCAUCCUCAGGUACCAGAAGACCCAAUGGCAGUCUUCCUCUGGGCCACGGUCAGCACAUGUGGACAGCUCACAGCCAAAGUUCAUUUACUCAUUCAGCUGAUGAUCUUGAGUCAGACUCUGGUCUCUCUCUGGGCUCCAGUCCACCUUUGACUUCGCCGGAAACUUCUGCCUUUGGGGCAUCAUCGGUUUACAGGAGUGCAGAAAUACAAAGCAUGGGCGAACACUUUAGAAGAGGGCAAAAUUACUCCAUAGAUUACCAGCCUCAGUCUGACUGUUAUCUGCAAACAGGUGCACAACAUUCAUAUUUCACAACCCAACACUUGACCCAUUCACAGUACAACACGCUGGAUCUUCAGGCGGGAAAGCAGACUCUGGGUGAAGUUUACACCUCCGAGUUACCCAGCAGAGGGAGCUGGCAACAUGUCAUGCAUCCAAAACGUCAAGGAAGCAGCCAGACACCAGGGAGUAGGGAUGAGAGGCGGGCCAUUGCAUUGAAGAUCCCCUUCCCCAUGGAAAAGAUCAUUAAUCUGCCUGUGGAUGACUUCAAUGAGCUCCUGACGCAGUACACGCUGACAGAUGCCCAACUGGCGCUGAUUAAAGACAUCCGGCGCCGGGGUAAGAACAAAGUGGCAGCUCAAAACUGCCGCAAGCGCAAACUGGACACCAUCAUUCAUCUUGAAAGAGAGCUGGGUCAGCUUCAGACUCAGAGAGACAACCUGGUUCAGGAAAGAUUACAGUUCCGGCGCAGCUUGACAUACAUCAAGUGCCACUUUACUCAACUCUAUACAGAAGUAUUCUCUCACCUGAGGGAUGAAACUGGACAACCAUAUUCAAAAGAUGAGUACCAUCUACAACAGAUGGCAGAUGGGGAAACUUAUUUAGUCCCGCACACAACGAUGCCCAAGCAAGAAUGCUGA